AUGGCAGAGAGUGUUCUCCCCCGGAUCCGGGCAUGUCUUUUCGACAUGGACGGAUUGCUGAUCGACUCCGAAGACAAAUAUACGCAGAUCACCAAUGAGGUGCUGGCAAUGUAUGGCAGGCCCUGUCUGCCCUGGUCAAUCAAAGCACAGCUGCAAGGCCGGCCGCAGCCUGAAGUACCUGCCCCCUCCCCUGCCAGCAAGAUCUUCCAUGACUGGGCGCAACUUCCCAUCACGCCGGAGGAGACUGCUGUGAAACAGUCUUCGUUGCAGGCCAAGUAUUUCCCACAAUGCUCACCGCUGCCGGGGGUGCCAACUUUGCUAUCGAACCUGGUGUCAACACAGUCCACCGAUCACCCUGUUCAUAUCGCCCUUGCCACGUCUUCCCACAGCAAAAACUUCAAGCUCAAGUCUGGCCACCUGACCGAGCUGUUUGAGGUCUUUCCCGAAGUUCACCGCGUCCUUGGGGAUGAUCCCCGCAUCGGAAAGGGGAGAGGAAAGCCGUUGCCUGACAUCUAUCUUCUAGCUCUGGAGACCAUCAACAUAAACUUGCGCAGCAAGGGCGAGGUGGAGGUCAAGCCAGAAGAGUGUCUUGUCUUUGAAGAUGCCGUGCCGGGUGUUGAGGCUGGCCGCCGGGCAGGUAUGCAGGUAGUUUGGGUUCCACACCCCGGUCUUCUGGAGGCGUACAAAGGUCGCGAAGAUGAGGUGCUGGCGGGGCGUACUGGGGAACAUAAGGAGAAUGAGAAGACACCCUCGGAGAAAGAGGCCGAGGAGUUACAAUCCUGGCGUCUUCAGGGAGCUGGACUACCGGGAAAUAUUGGCGAUGGAUUUGGACAGCUCCUGUCCACGUUAGAAGACUUUCCCUACGAAAAAUACGGUAUUCGGAUACCGGGCCAGCAGUGA